CCCUCCCCUUCCAGUUCUCCUCCCCUACAGGAAGUAAGGGAAAUGGCUUCCGAGAGCUAGGGCCUCGUAGCGGCUCCUCCUCCGAGAUUAGGAAAGUGAAGCAAACAGAUCGAAGUAUCUUGCUUGGAGUCAUUCAUACAUCUAGUGAAUGUCUGAAGCCAGAUUUGAACUCAUGAAGAUGAGUUUUCUUGACUCCAAGCCUGACACCCUAUCCACUGAACCACCUAGAUACCCCAAGAACAUUUGUAAGAGCCUCAGAACUUCAUUGAUUCAGCCCAUACCUGAACAAGAAAACACUUAAAAUACAUCCUGGAGAAGUGCUCAUCCAGCAUUUGCUUGAAGUCCUCGAGUGAGAAGGAACAAACAGCUAAAUAGUAAUGAAUAUAUGUUUGAAUAAUGCAGAACUCCUUUAUUAUGAAUUCCAAAAUGAUAUCAUGUUGCAAUUAAUGCAAACAAAAAUUCAAUUAAUGUGACAUGUGGAACUAACCCACAUUAUUAACUGAUGCUAAAUCAUCAGUCUGUAUUUGUUACCAUUGAGUGUGGAUGUGAUGUCCCAUUGCAUACCAUAUUAGCAACAGUUCUAUUCAUUUUUUCACAAAAUAACCCUUUAUAAAAUGGACAAAAGGAAGAUUACUUCAGAUGGCAACACUGCCAACACAAAGAAGAAGAGACUCGUUAUUACAUUAGAACAAAAAUUUGAUGUAAUCGAACGGCAUGAACGUGGUCAUAGUAACUCUAAAAUAGGAAGAGAUAUAGGAAUGCCUGAGUCUACAGUACGGAAUAUUAUAAAACAUGCAGGUGAAAUUAAAAAAAAAGGCAAAGUUGCAUCAACUUUUUGUGGUUUGCAAACAACUACGAGAAAUAGAAGUAUUACAAUGAUAGAAAUGGAGCGGCUUUUAGCUGUAUGGAUUGAAGAUUGCAAUAAAAAAUGCAUUCCUCUUACCAGAGCAGCUAUUCAAACAAAAGCUUCAAGUUUAUUUAAGGCAGUAAAAGAAAAUGGAAAUGAAAUGGAAAGUGAAGAAACUUUUGCUGCUAGCGUUGGUUGGUUUAAUCGCUUUAAAAAUCGACUUCAAUUGCAUAAUGCUAAAAUUACCAGAGAGGCAGCCAGUGCAGAUAAGGACACCACUGUGUGGAAGCACAUUUUGCCACACUCUGCAAAUAGUAAUUUUGAGAAUUUCCCCCCUCAAAACCAAACUGUUAUAGAAGAAAUAACAAAUAUUGGAAGAAAGCUUGGUUUUGAUGAACUGGAAAAUGGUGAUGCCCAAGAAUUACUCAUUUCACACUCAGAAGAAUUGACUGAUAAUGAUCUUCAUUUAGAACAACAAGUGUUUGAAGAAGCCAGCAAUGAUCUCAAAGAAUCAGAUAAUAUGCAAAUGAAGGAAUUUACUCUCAAGGAAUUUGAAGAUCUCUUUAGAGCUGUAGAAGUCAUGAAGCAAAAGAUUAUGAAUGCUGAUCCUAAUGUCAGUCGAAGCAUUCAGAUUCGCCAAAAUGUGGAUAGAGCUCUCUGUAUCUACCAACAUAUGUAUGAGGAUUUAAAGAAAAAGACAGUUCAACCUACAUUGCUAAAAUAUGUUAAACAAGAAUAAAGACACUUUUGUCAUAUCA